GUAGCUCCCGAAUUGUCCGGAAUGGCAAAAAUGCGAUAAGCAGAGAAUCUGCCUGGAUCCCAGAGCUGUUUUCUUGCUCACACCGCCCUCCCUCCCCGGGAGACGGCGGCUGCAGGGCGGUUUCCGCGGGGCAGGGCAGCGCAGGCCGGGCCUCGCCAUGGUGACGGCGCGGCUCGUGCCCGCGGGCCCCGCGCAGCGGCGGGGACAGCGCCGGGCCCGGGCACAGCUCCCCGGGCUCCCGCACACCCACCGCGGGACCGGAGCGCCCCGGCGGGCCCCGCCGCGCCUGGGGACCCCCGGCCUGGCCGGGGCAGCGGGGGAGAAGCAGCCGCCGGCCCGGGAGCGCCAAACGGGGUGAAGCCAAUGGAGGAGGAAAAGGAAGAAGCUGUCAGUGAGGAACAAGAUCACAUCCCCCUGGAAGAUGAGAGAAGCAGUACAGAGGAAUGUCUUCCAGAGGCCAAGGAAAAUGAGAAAGAAAGCAAGCAUGUAAUCAAAAAUAUCCUGUGGACUGCAGCCAAGAACUUCACAGUGGAGAAAGGACAGCAGCAAAUUGAAGAACUAAUUUCUACAUGGGACAUUCAUGAAAGCUGGCUUCACCACUCAGAAUUUCUUGAGGAAGAAGAACUGAAGGACAGCAAGAGGUACCAUUACAGAGCUUGCUGGGGCCUCCCAACACGCAGAAAACCCAUCCCACGAGCAACAGCGAGUGUCUACUUCGUUAUAGUGAUCUCCAAAUUCAAACCUGAUACUGCACCUGUGGAGGUCUUCUACAGACUGGAGUCCAGCAGGCUGAUUCGGAGGCCAGAACAGUGUGAGUUUAGAGAAAAGUGGCUUCAGGACAUAAUUGAAAAUAAAACAAUGUGUGCAGAAAGACUUGCUUCCCGAUGAGCAGCUCAAAUUCACCAGUACCAGUCCUCUGUUGUGGAGAACCAAAUAAACACAAUGAAAAAAAACCCUCUUCCUUAGCAGCAUUUCUACUUUGUGGAUAGAUAAAAAGCAUUGAACCUGUGCAAAAUUAGCUAUGCUCUGCCAUGGCAGCUGUCUGUGUGUGACAGUCCCUGGCAGGUAUGGGUGGGGACAGCAGGAUGGAACCAGGCUCCAGAGUGUAAAUGGGAAGAAGUAGCUGGGCAGGAUUUGCUGUUUGUGAAUGCCAGGUCUGUGAAACUCCAGGGAAAACAUUACAGGACUUUAGGACUUUUAUUUUCUUUAUACAAAUAUACAAGACAUCUCUGCUGCUAGACUUAGAGGAACAAAAAAAAAAAAAUUAGAACAAAAAAGAAACAACCAACCUCUCCAAACCAUUUUGUUUUGAAAAACGUUUGAGAA